UUCUCGUCCGCCGUCGAGCUCGCGCCGCCGCCAAAAACCGCCAUGCCGAGCGUCAACCUAAAAUUCUCGGCCUCGCUUCGCAGCUCCCACCCACACAAAUUGAUCCGGUUCCUCACGAGCAGUGCAGCCACCCCCACGAUUCCGUCAACUCGGACCAAUUUGUCGCUCCUCGCAAGACCUAGCUCGAACGCACAGAGAUCGCCGGCGGCAGCAUUGUCGCGCGCGUGGGUUGCGACGCCGUUGAACGUUCGCUGUCAAAAUCUUCGUGGAAGAACCUCGAAUGGCGUCGGAUCGUACUUUAUCAGGCGGGCGAGUGGCGGUUGUAAGUGUGUGGCUAGUUCUAGCUCCUCCGGCCUCGAGGGUGGCAAAAAUGGUGGCUCGUUGAGUAAUGAUGACAGAAAGAGCAGUUCGCAAUUGGAAAAUGAGAAUCAACGACCGCCAUCGCCGACGGUACAGAAUCAGGGAGAGAAGACUAAUCAGCUGUUAACGUUGCCGACGAUUUUAACGCUUGGUCGUGUCGCCGCCGUGCCCCUUCUUGUUAGUACCUUUUAUCUGGAUACAAGGUGGGGUACUACGGCUACAACAAGCAUAUUCAUUGCAGCAGCAAUUACAGAUUGGCUCGAUGGAUACCUUGCUCGUAAGAUGGGUUCGGGCUCUGCAUUUGGUGCUUUUCUGGACCCUGUAGCUGAUAAGCUUAUGGUCGCAGCCGUAUUGGUCCUGUUGUGUACCAGACCUUUGGAAAUUUCUAUGUUUGAACAGGUGCCAUGGCUAAUCUCUGCACCUGCUAUUGCUAUCAUAGGUAGAGAGAUAACUAUGUCCGCGGUGAGAGAAUGGGCUGCUUCUCAAGAUAGUAAGCUUCUAGAGGCUGUUGCUGUAAAUAAAUUGGGGAAGUGGAAAACUGCUACCCAGAUGACAGCACUUACCCUUUUACUGGCUACUCGAGACAGCAGUCUUAGAGGAGCUGAAUCCUUGGUGGCUUCUGGAGUUGUGUUGCUUUAUACCUCAGCAGGGCUAGCAUUAUGGUCUUUAAUAGUGUAUAUGAAGAAGAUAUGGAAAAGUGUUACUUAAACAGCACUCUUAGCCUUCAGAUCGCAUUUUUGACCAACCUUGCCUUGCCUUUUACUUGUUUGGUGCAAGUCCGCAGUUCAGGCUGCACGGUCCUCCUCUGAUAAGGUUUUGAGUGGUGGUAAACUUGACUCAUAACACCAUUCCUUAGUACACUUAUUUAGUGAUUUUCUCUCUUUGGAAUUUGUGCAAAGGUCAGUAGCCAAUAUUGUCGGUUUCUUUCCCCCUCUUGUAGAUUCGGCGUUGUGUAGAUUUCACCAGCAUCCCUGUAACAAAUCCUCGAAACUCUGCCUCUCAAGGAAGGUGUAAAGGGUCAACAAUUCAAUAUCUUUAUCUGGCAGAAGACCUCUCAUAGAGACGCAUAUAGGGUAUGGGGUUCUCCCUUGGAUUUCUUUUCCCUUGAUAGUAGUUUUUACUGUUGACAGAGUUGCUGGUGUCCAGGGUCACGUUUCAUUAAGCAUUAAUUUGUUGGAUUCACAUUCUUGAUUUAAGAAAGUGCAGAAUGAGUUGUUAUAUUGGUGCACUUUUGUAUCCCCUGAGGAGUAUGUCAACUUUGCGAGCAUUGCUAAUCUUUUGCAGGUUUUGCCUGAGGUAUAUACUUAUCCACUUUGCAGUCUG